AUGAGUUUCUUCUAUAUUCGCAAGACAUGGCGUUUCAUAAUAUCGAUAUAUGUGCAAGAGUAUUACUCAUUAGUGUUAAUCACAAGUUUAUUACGUCAAUCUAUAUCUAUAUUUGCGCUUGAAACGCCAUAUUUUCACAAUGACAACUGUGAUCAAUGA